UGGAACAGUAAUGAGACAUUCUCGCGAGAGAGAGAGAGAGAGAGAGAGAGAGAGAGAGGAGGUGUUGAUCGGUCAUCGGUCUUCUUCUUCUUCUUCUUCUUCUUCUUCCUCCGUGGAUGAAUAGCAGUUCAAUCUCGCGAAGUCACACUAAAAGCUCAACCGCCUCGCAGUUCAAUCUGAUGAAAUAAGGAAGAAGGAUUGAAGGAAAGGAGGAAUUAAAAUAAGCAGAAAGAAGAAGUAGGAAAAACAGAAGAGGGAAAAUAUGCAUUUGAGCGAGAACGAGGGAAUAGAAGGGAAUACCUUCGUUGUGACGGGAGGGCUUGGCUUCGUAGGCUCCGCUCUCUGCUCAGAGCUUGUAAGAAGGGGAGCUCGAGAGGUUCGAACUCUGGAUCUUCGUUCUUCUUCUCCCUGGUCUGAUCAUCUCAAGAAGAUCGGUGUUCGUUGCAUCCAAGGUGAUGUGAGCAAGAAGAAAGAUGUUGAAAAGGCAUUACGCAGUGCAAAUUGUGUUUUUCACCUUGCUUCAUAUGGCAUGUCUGGGAAAGAAAUGCUCCAAGUUGGGCGUGUUGAUGCAGUGAAUAUAAAUGGAACCUGUCAUAUAUUGGAAGCAUGCUCUGAGUUUGGGAUCAAGAGACUGGUCUACGUGAGCACAUACAACGUGGUGUAUGGGGGCAGAGAGAUGGUAAAUGGCAACGAGGCCUUGCCUUACCUUCCUACUGAAGACCAUGUUGAUCCAUAUGGCCGAAGUAAAUCUGUUGCAGAGCAAUUGGUUCUAAAGAGCAAUGGUCGCCCUUCCAAGAAAAAAAAUGGCACUCGCCUUUAUACUUGUGCAAUUCGUCCUGCUGCCAUAUAUGGCCCUGGUGAAGAGAGGCACAUCCCUAGGAUAAUUUCUCUUGCUAAGUUAGGUCUAUUGAAAUUCAAAAUUGGUGAAGCAAGUGUAAAGACAGAUUGGGUUUAUGUUGACAAUCUUGUUCUUGCUCUAAUAUUGGCUAGCAUGGGACUCUUGGAUGACAUUCCUGGGAAAGAAGGGCAUCCUAUUGCUGCUGGCCAGCCGUACUUCAUAUCUGAUGGGUGUCCUGUAAACACAUUUGAAUUUAUUGGCCAGCUAUUGAAAAGCUUGGAAUAUGACAUGCCAAAGGUUACAUUAGACGUUCAGCAUGCACUUCUCCUGGGGCGUAUCUUUUGGGUUGUCUAUACUUUCUUAUAUCCUUGGUUAAAUCGAUCAUGGCUUCCAGAGCCCUUGAUCCUUCCGGCUGAAGUACACAAGGUUGGUGUCACCCAUUACUAUUCCUACAUGAAAGCAAAGGAAGAGCUUGGAUAUGUGCCUAUGGCAAGUCCCAGAGAAGGCAUGUCUGCAACCAUCUCCUACUGGCAGGAGAGGAAGAGGAAAUAUCUGGAUGGCCCUACCAUCUAUGCCUGGCUCUUUUGUGUGAUUGGAAUGACAGCAUUGUUCGCCGCCACUUGCAUACCUGAUCUGGGCCCUUUUGAGUUCAUAAGAUCUUUCCACCUUCUCAUAUUCCGGUCACUGCGGACAAUGCAGAUAGUUUUACUUUUAGCCAUACUAGCACAUGUUUUCGAGGCUAUAUACGCAUGGCGUCUAGCAAAGAGGGUGGACCCUGCAAAUGCAAAAGGAUGGUUUUGGCAAACUUUUGCUCUUGGUUUUUUUUCACUGCGUUUUUUGUUGAAGAGGGCCAAGAACUAAAAUGGUGUUCUCCCCCUUUGGAAUUGUAAGUUUUAUCUUCUGCUUAUACUGUAUUUAUGUUUAUAAAGCAAGUUACGGGUUUUGAAUUGGCUACUAACAAUGCUUUACAUAUUUGGAGUUAUGGAUUUUAAUUGCGGAAA